UGAGAUCAGCUGGCAGUGACAGGGAUGUACUGUGCAUUACUGAAGAGGAGCUGGCUGGUGAAGACGAGGAAAUGCCAUCCUUCCCAUGCACCCAAGAAGGUCGGUCGGGACCCCGCUGCAGCCGCUGUCAAAAGAACCUGUCUUUGCACACGUCGGUGAGGAUUCUGUACCUCUUCCUGGCUCUGCUCCUUGUGGCCGUGGCUGUGCUGGCCUCUCUGGUUUUUAGGAAGGUGGACUCUCUUUCAGAAGACAUCUCCUUGGCCCAGUCAAUCUAUAAUAAGAAGCUUGUGUCGAUGCAAGAAAAUCUUCAAGGACUGGACCCAAAAGCCCUGAACAAUUGCUCCUUUUGCCGUGAGGCUGGGCAGCUGGGGCAGGAGAUCAGGAAGCUCCAAGAGGAGCUGGAGGGGCUUCAGAAGAUGCUGCUGGCCCAGGAGGUCCAGCUGGACCAGACCUCCCAGGCCCAUGAGCUGCUCUCCACCACAAGCAGUCAAAUCUCCCAGGAGAUGGGCAGUUGUUCCUUCUCCAUCCACCAGGUAAAUCAGUCCCUGGGACUCUUCCUGGCACAGGUGAGGGGCUGGCAGGCCACAACAGCCGGCAUGGACACAACUCUGAAGGACCUUACCCAGGAGUGCUAUGACGUCAGGGCUGCUGUACACCAGAUCAAUUUCACAGUGGGCCAGACGGCUGAGUGGAUCCAUGGGAUCCAGCGGAAGACAGACGAGGAGACUCUGACCCUACAGAAGAUGGUCACGGACUGGCAGAACUACACAAGGCUCUUUGGGGGUCUGCGCAGCACUUCUGCCAAGACUGGAGAAAUGGUCAAGACCAUUCAGGCCACCCUGGGGGCCUCCUCGCAACGCAUUAGCCAGAAUUCUGAGAGCAUGCAUGACCUGGUGUUGCAGGUCAUGGGCCUGCAGCUACAGCUGGACAAUAUCUCCUCCUUUUUGGAUGACCAUGAGGAGAACAUGCAUGACCUCCAAUACCACACCCGAUAUGCCCAGAACCGCACAGUGGAGAGGUUUGAGUCUCUGGAAGGACGCAUGGCUUCACAUGAGAUCGAAAUAGGCACCAUCUUCACCAAUAUCAACGCCACUGACAAUCACGUGCAUAGCAUGCUCAAGUACCUGGAUGAUGUGCGGCUGUCCUGCACCCUGGGCUUCCAUACCCACGCUGAGGAACUCUACUACCUAAAUAAGUCCGUCUCCCUCAUGCUGGGCACCACAGAUUUGCUCAGGGAGCGCUUCAGUCUGCUCAGUGCUCGCUUGGAUUUCAAUGUCCGAAACCUCUCCAUGAUCAUGGAGGAGAUGAAGGCUGUGGACACACAGCAUGGAGAAAUUCUUCGAAAUGUCACCAUUAUCCGAGGUGUCCCCGGGCCUCCAGGACCAAGAGGACUCAAAGGAGAUGCAGGAAUAAAAGGACCUCUUGGUAACAGAGGACCCAAGGGGGAUUCCGGCAGUCUGGGUCCCCCCGGACGUCAGGGUCCUCAGGGGCCGCCUGGGGAGCCAGGACCUGUCGGGGAGAGAGGGCCAGCUGGACCCCGAGGCUUUUCAGGACUCAAAGGCUCAAAGGGCAGCUUUGGCACUGGAGGGCCAAGGGGGCAGCCAGGACCCAAAGGAGAUGUGGGACCCCCAGGGCCAGAGGGGCCCCCAGGGUCUCCAGGACCCUCAGGGCCUCAGGGAAAGCCAGGGAUUUCAGGAAAGACAGGGUCACCAGGUCAGCGGGGAGCCACAGGGCCUAAGGGUGAACCAGGCAUCCAGGGUCCCCCUGGAUUACCUGGGCCUCCAGGCCCUCCAGGGAACUCGAGCCCCUACUGAAUGAUGUCUUUGGCCUGAUGCUGCAAUGCAGGUUGGGGACCAGAAGGGCCUGCUAUCUACAAUCAUUGUUCUUUGAUCCUAAUAUGAGGGUGUCUCUUAGAACUGACUGUAUAGCUUUAAACUCCCCAAUUAUGACUGUACCCAAGGAAAACAGCUCACUGCCUAUCCCCAUUUCUCUGCUGGCCAGGGAGAACCUACUGGAUUUCCAUGGCUGGUUAGGAGGAGAGGGAAUAAGACCCCCCCCCCCCACCCACCCACACACACGCCUUUCUGUGACAGCCUGCUGGGGAGGUGGUUACCUACAGAAGAAUAUCUUAGAUAUCUUAGAUGGUAACUAGUUCAAGUCUCUGCAGUGACUUAACACCCAUACUAGCAGAAGCUUCUCCAUAGUCUUGAAAACAUCCAGGGAAACCUUUGGGGCAUUAUAGGUGACACUCCAGGAAGCCUCUCCAAACAGCCAUGGGAACAGAGUCACAAAGAGUUGCCCUGCCCCACACAGGGCAGGAGAACUCUGCCUGGCUGGCAUCCUCAGGCCCUGUGCAUGGUGCCUCUGACAAGUUCAGAGGGUUUUUAUUCACGCGUCCAGAACAUUCCUUUCUUCACUCUCACCUCUGCAUCUCAGGAGUGGCCUGGAAAGAACCCAAGCUGAGUUUCAUCUGCUGGGAGAGACCCUGCAGGUCCCAGAACAUUCUGCUUGUCCGCUAUCCAGCUCCCUGGAAGACCUCAGGGAGGGAGGUGGGAGGACAAGGCAGGAGUGAAGUUUCUCUGCAAAGCCAGCCCUUGUUCAGCCUAGGCUGCCAUGCCAUGUUCCCAGUGGGGCUUCUCUGUGGUGGCCAGGGAGGAAGAACCUGUAGCAGGGCCCACCCUCGUAACAGGGCGGCUCUUGCCUCCUACUCUUGGUUAUCCUAUUCAUAAAUGAACAUUGACCUCACCCUACCACAACUUAAGAAGACUGGAGCUCUUUCCCACAUGAGCAGCAGGCUGGACUAGGCAUGGGAAGAGCCUGAACACACACAAGGAGCCUUUGAUGUUACUUCUUGUCUUUCAUGAGCGUCUUCCAUACACUGGCAGAAAGGGAUGCUGGGAAAGGCCUGCAUUGUCUUGACUCACUUUCUGUAAAGCUGCCCUGCUCCUUCAGACUCCAGCAGACUUAGAUGCUCCUGGGCAAAGGGCAGAGCUGCCUCCUCCCUUGUACUGUCUCAGAGACCUGUCUUCUUCCUGCUCAAAGCCUCUGUACCACCAUCCUCCUCAACAUCAGUGUGCAACUGGCUUGCACCACCCACCUACCCCCUGCUGUAUAAUUGUCCUGUCUACUUAUGAUAAUAUCAUGUGACACAGUAUCACUGGCCCAGUAAAGAGCUGUUUCCAGGA